CGCGAUGGGGUGAGCGGCCGGCCCGGGGCCUCUCCGGCAGUGUUGGGGCUUGAUCAGGGUAGGGCCGUACUCCCGGGCCAGAAGGCUUUCCGAGCCCCCGAUUGGUUCCCGCGACACCGCGGGGUAGUGAUGCCAUCCUGCAGCAACUUCCCUGGCCUUAGCCUCAGUUUCCCCCCUUGUUCAUUCAUCCCCUUCACGGGUCAGGAACAUCCGCUCGACCGAACUGUUUUCAUAAUCACGGGAUUGAAAGGUGCAGGCGUCUUAGAGAGCAUCCAGUCCAAUCUCCCAGUUCUAAAAAUGGGGAAACUGAGGCCCAGAGAAAGGGAAGUGGAUCCCAAGGGCCCGAAGUUUCGAGGAUAUGCUACACACUCCAAGAUGUGGGUCUCUGUCCUUUGGCCAGGAAUAAGUCCCCAAGCUUCCCUGUUUUUAGAAGCCACUAUCUGAAGCGAGAUCCCUCCUGGACACUCUUCUCUCCAACCCUUCUUGACAAUGUCUACCCUGAUUCUCAACUUGGACUUUGGGGGCUGUCCUCCCCCAAAGAAGGCAACUGAGGGCAACCAAAAGCACCAGCGUUUCAUCCAACGACAGCGGCGGCUACAGAGGAACCUUAAGCAGAAACAGAUGCAGGUCCCUGCCAGGCCUUCGGGAUCAGGGCAUUCUAAACUCCAAAGUAAAGGGGGAACCCUUAGCACAAAUAGUAAACAGAAACUCCAUCCCCUCCCUGAACCUAUAGAGGAGACUCCCAGUCAGAAAAAUGGAAUUGAGAAGCCCUUGAGUAGGAAAGUAUCAACAGUGUCUUGGUUGACACCUGCUCCUUCAAGGAAGACCAGUUCAGUAUCUGUGGCUUCUAAGGCAGAUCUCCUGUCAGAGUUCCAGAGUGGCCUCCGACCCCUCCCACCUUCCCUACCCCUCCCACCUGCAUCUGAGAAGGGCUGCAACAAGAAGAUGGUGGCCCUUGACUGUGAGAUGGUGGGCACUGGGCCUAAAGGCCAUACCAGUUCUUUGGCCCGAUGUAGCAUUGUAAGUUACAAUGGUGAUGUACUAUACGAUGAAUACAUUCGUCCUCCCUGCAAAAUUGUGGACUACCGGACCAAGUGGAGUGGUAUCAAGAAGGAGCAUAUGAUCAAUGCCACCCCUUUCAAAGUGGCCCGGAAAGAGAUCUUGAAGAUACUCCUUGGGAAGAUUGUAGUAGGCCAUGCCAUCCACAAUGACUUCAAAGCCCUCCAUUACUUUCACCCCAAGCCCCUUACUCGAGACACUUCCCGAAUCCCUAUCCUUAAUUCCCGGGCUGGCUUCCCUGAGAAUGAGUCGAUCUCUUUGAAGCGUCUGACCAAGCAGCUCCUCCAACAGGACAUUCAGGUAGGGAAGAGUGGACAUUCCUCUGUUGAAGAUGCCAAGGCAACCAUGGAUCUCUACAAGUUGGUGGAAAUUGAGUGGGAGCAACAGCUGGCCCGGUCUCCUCCCUCUCAGGAAUAGGGGAGAUGGAGUUGUGGUACUGAUAGUCUUUGCAGAAAGAAAGCAUCAGACUGAGGGUAAACAGCUACCCCAGGGGGAAUAGACUGUCCAACCAGCCCAAGACUUAGGCUGGAGCUGUUGGGAAGUGAGUCUACCCCAGACCCAAUCUCUCCAACCAUAGACCAUUGAAAUUUUUACCACAGGUGUUGUGUCCUACUUGUCUAGAGUGUUUCUCCUCUCUGUCCCAGUGAAGGGGUGGGGUAGGGGGAAACUCCCUAUAUUGAAACCCAGCCUUACUUCCCUCCCACCCCUUAACAUUGGUGUUUUGGGCUGGUCACAAGUCCCAGCAUGCCUAGCUCUCCAGCCAGGCAGCUUGACUUACAGGACAAUGCUGGGAUAUGUAGUUUCCCCAGAUCUCCCCAUAAUCAUUACGGCUGUGAUCAAGUACUUUUGUUCCAGAGUACUAUCAGCCAAUUCCACUUUUAGCACAGGACCCUCUUCUCCCCAUCCUUGAUACCUGGAGUAGCCACCUCUGAUGAUCAGUUGACUCCGUUUUUUCACUGGGUAGUAGAAAACAAGAACAUCAACUUUUUUAUGGUUGUAUUUUUAAAAUAUACUCUUUCCUAAGGGGAAGAAGUAUUUAUUUGAGUCCCAGGUGCCUGCUGAGAAAGCAUUUGUGUUUUCAAUGCUCCCUUCUUCAUGUUAAGUGAAGCCUCUAAAUGCCCAAGUUACUGCCUUGUAAACUCACAAAGGAAUUUUUAUAAAGGAAGAAGUAUUGUUUUUUUUGCUACUUAUUAAACAGAUUCGGGACAACGUUUUUUGUAAAAGAAUGUGUAAUACAGGCUAGCUUCAAGUAAUUCAGUAAAAGAGCUUCCUGGUUUGUGAGUGUGAAAAGCUCUGAACAUCUCCCAGCAUGUGGAUAAGACCAAUCACACAAUCUCAUCUUCACAUUUGCUAUUCUGGGCCCUGUUCUUUGUUCACAACUCUGUUCCACAUCCCCACUCACAAAUCAGACGUGUUGUGGAUAAUGCAGCAAGAUAUGCAGAAUGGCUAGAAGAGCAGCAUCUCAAAGCCAGUACAUGUGUAAAUGUAGAUGAUAGGUUUCUUGGCAAAGAGCACGUCUGAAUGCCCUGCCGUGAUCCCACCAAAUGUGUAAUUUCGUGUUCAGUUUUGGGCACACUCCAUUUUUAGGAGGGAUAUUGAUAAGCUUGGAGCUCAUCCAGGAGUGGGUACUGAGGGCACUUAAAACCAUGUCAUCCAAGGCAUGGAACUGGUAUACUUAAGACUGAAGGAGGAAACAUGUUUCUUUAGAACUCCAUUGGUUAGAACUAAGAAGUUACAUAGAGACAGAUUUCAACUUAAUAUGAGGAGGAAUUUGAGCUGGAAGGGACCUUAAAGAUCACUCCCUUGUUUCUCAGAUGAGAUCAGGGUUAACUGACCUGCCCCGGGGUAAUACAAGAAGUAAGCUGCAGAACUGCUGUUGCAAUUCAGGUCUCUGAUCCAAGCUGGAGCUUUUCCCCAAUCUCUCUGUGUGAGAGCAGAGGCUGGAGGACUGACUGCCUUUGGACUCUUCAGUGGGAUUCAUCUUGGACCAGAUGACAUCUGAGAUCCUUUGUAGUUCUGAGGUUAAAUAAUUCUAUAAAAUGGAUCAUUCGGUGUAAGAAAAGGGGAUAAAGGGAUGGAAAAGGGUAUUUUGAAGCAACUGCUGUCCACUUUUUCAGUGAACACCAGCCCUGUUCAACACGGAAGCCUAAAGGGUUUUCUUUCUGCCCUUUCAAUCUGGGUGUACUGACUUUGGGCAGUGCAGGCAUUUAUCCAUAUAAAAAGCCAGGGCCAUGGUUCUUUGUUUACUGCCUUGCCUCUGGUGACCAGAGCCACCUCCUUGGCUGCCAUUAGAAAAAGGAAGCUUCACCACAGUAGCAGCUUUUCCUUUAGGACUGCCAGGCCCCAAGCAUUAGCUCAUUGACUCCUUCAUAACAUGAUCUACAUGCACAGGCAGCCAGCAAGGCCUGAGCAAGUUGGUUCCUGUUGAGCCCAGCAGGCAUUAAUGUCCGUGUUGGCAUAGGAGUGACAGACACUGUGCAUGGUCCAUGAGCAGAGAGAACCAGGCAGUCUGUGAAGUCUGCCUAACCUGAGCAAGGGUAGCCUAUGUUGGCCACAUCAAGAAGCAGAACUGGACUUGAAAAUAACUAAGUUACGAGUCAGCAAAGAAGAAAGACUACUAGCAAACUCAUGGAAUCAGAGUCCUUUUACCAGGUAACUGUUGACUAAAAUUCAAAUCUUUUGCCUUUGUGGGAACUAUUUAUGAAAUUAGUGACAAGGUCACUGCUGGGAGAAGAGCAGACUAACUUAUACAUGUGGAAUACAUAAUACAUAAUACAUCUAGCUUUGCUGAAGGCAGUACCUGGAAUUUUCUGCUAGAUUAUAAAUUCUUCUAUGGCAAGAGACAGUGUAUUUACC